UCCCGAGUGAUAUUCGUGAGCGGGGACCUCAUUAUCGCUUUGUUAUUGCUCAUUGUAGCACCAUUUGACGUUGACCUUGAUCAUAAGAAUAACAUUACAAGGUCAUGCAAUGCUGAUCGCUAAUAAUGAAGUUCCUGCCUUGGUUCCUGCGGCCGGAAAGCUGGCUUGUAGCCAGAGAUAAAGGAGAAUAGCGCGGCUUGUAGCCUUUUGUUCUUCCAAUAGAGGAUCUGGAAAUGCCUGUCCCGUGCGAGGCAAUGAUGGAUUCGCACACUCACUUUGAAAAAUUCUUCCGAAGCUUCUCUGCUGGAAAAUUUGGUACAUUCGAUGGCAACAUCCAAGUUUCUACUCUUCCCCACAGCAGAAACUUCAUGGAGGGGCUCGCUUUCGGCUCGGAUAGAUUCCUGUUGCAAAUUCCUUAUGCUGGUGACUGUUUGGAAUGGCACGUCCUAUUUGACAAUCAAGAGCCCGAGUCUCCACCUCAGUUCAUUUUCAACAGAAGCUCAGAUGAUAGAUAUGAGAGAUUGGACUCUGGAUUCUUGGAGGAUUUCAGCGUUGAUCAGUUGGAAGAAAUACUUCCAAGCCUGGCCAAUUGGGACUCUGACAAUGAAGAUGCAUUGGCUGAAGUUAUCCAAGAACUUCUGAUAGCCUUCAGGAGAUAUCAAUUGGAGAAAUUGGAAGAAAUUAGUGGUGAUUUGCUGAGCGUGCAGUUCAAAAUUCGCCAACUUCUGGAGGCCCAGAAUAUUUCUGAGGAUGAUCUGGAGCUACUCGUCAGAAGUGAUGAUGUCACAUUGCUCGUCCGCUUGGCUGUGGACAUUUCCAAGGUGCCUGAACUUCUGCUGCCACCAAUAGAACGAGGACGCCUGGAAAUUCUGGCCAGCGUUUUGCUCACUCUUGGCAACAACGGCCAAUCCUCCAAGUUGAAUUUGUCACCCAGGAUGCUGCUCAUUUUGGGCAACUCUGAUAGGGACCUCAAAGUCCUCUUCAACUCCAGGACAAAUCUUUCCAAUUAUGUUGAUGCCAUGAGAAAAGCUCUCAACGAAAAAGUCAAAAUGAUUGUUGGAGGAGUGAACCACCGGAAGAAUUUCCUGACAGCCUUAGUGGUUUUGAUGGGUAGAGCUCUGGUCGAACAUGAUACUAAGAAGUACACCAAGAGCACUUUCCUCUUAGAGUGGAACAACUUCUACUUCUUAGUGCAUUGCUGCUUGCCACCUUCUUUCCCAGACAGACAGCCUAUUUACUUGUUCCAAUCUAUUUACCAUAAUGUUAAGCAAAGGCCUUUUACCUCCAAGUGCAGUGACUACCCUUAUGACCCUAAUUGGUCUUACACUGAAAUGGCAGAAAAAGCCCAAUCCUUCAUCUUAGAAUAUGUCAAAAACUUCCAAAAAGAUUCCGUUCGCGCUUCCUAAUUAAGCCAAAUGCACUUGCGAGUAAAAGGGUCUAAGUUUGAAUGCCUCUUGCCUAAAUAAGAUGUUGCAAUUUUUUGUUCACUGAAAUUUAAAGGUUGUUAUCUAUGAGCAAUAAAUAUAAAGAAGAUAUUGUU